AUGGGGAAGAUUCUGUCUGAAGACCACUUCGUCGGAAUCCUCCAGAAGCGCCCUCACACGGGGCGUAGGUUUCCCACGCGCCGGCGACGCCCCAACCUUUCUGAACCGUCUCCACCUGAUUGGAUACAUUUCUUAAAUGCAGGAUCUCAAAUAAACAUUUCUUAUAAUGUGAACCCUCCAAGAUCAUCUUUUCUUGUCCUUGUUAUUGCCCAAGGGAAUGAAGGUCUUGCUCAGUGGAUUGAGGAUCCAUCAUAUCCAAAUACCACCUUAUCAUGGAACAUCAUUCAUGGCGAGAUAUCAUAUCUUUGCUGCUUAAUCUUUCUAUUUUAUCCCAACCAACUUCUUAUCAAUCUUUCAGACAUUCUACUGAGUCCCAUCUGGAUUAAAUAUCCACCAGUCUUUGUGCAUUUGAACUUCAGAAUAAAGGAUUUCCUUUACAAUACCACAGGGUCGUAUUACAAGUGUACUCCUGCUCAUAUUCAAUGUGUUUUCAGUCUGCAUUUCCCUAGUGAAAAUUCUGCUCUUCUUACCUUCCCGGGUAGAAAGUCUGGCAUGGCCAGUGUUGGCUGGCACAUUAGACUAUCUUAUGGACCUAGAUGGAUCAUAUACAUUGGUGGUUUAGGAACCAUUUGCAACGUAGCCGCCAAGAUCAGGGCAGAGAUCAAUUUGGAGCUAUGCAGUCUGAGAGAAAUCCUUUCUUUUUACAAAAAGACAGUGAUCUGUCAAGCUGGGGUUCGUCUCAUGACUCUGUCUCACAAGACGAUAAGUUUUGCGAAGAAGGGUGGGUGGGGGGUUUUAGUGGAGGAGAAGCCAGUUAAAGACGGUGAAUACAGCAACAAUAUGAUGCGCCUUUGUGCUAUUUGCUAUGAUGCUCCAAGGGACAGUUUCUUCCUUCCAUGUGGUCAUUGCGUGGCAUGUUUUGCAUGUGCGACAAGGUAGCUCCUCUUUAUCCCAGUAUUUAGCUUUCUCCUCUAAAUUCUAAAGUUAAUAUCUGUUGAGAUCUCACUGGUUCUUCGGAAUCAAAUUGAAGUCAUAUCCUUCAUCAACAUUUUUUGAGAAGCCCGUCGCAAUGUUUCAUAGUAGUGAUUAAUCCUCCAAACCUUUGGAAUUGAUUGUGUAGAUUCAUAUAAACACCACAACCUGAUAACUUUUCAAAUAUGUUGAAUCAUUUUGUAUAACAAAGGCUAAAAGAUUUGUUGGUCUUUGGGAUUAGAAAGAAACAUAUUAGGAUAGUAUUUAGGGCUCGUUUGGCAUUGCUUUGGAGAAGCUAAAAAGAAUUUCUGAAAUCCAAAAAUUGCUUUUAAACUUGUUUGAUUAAUUUUGAAAAAAAUGUUUCUUUUAGUUAGAAGAGUUUUCAGAUAAUGCUAAUCCAAUGUAACUUCCUCUAAAAACUCUUUUAGAAGAGGAAACUCUUUUAGAAUUAGUAUUUAAACGAAAAAAAUAGUUUCCUCGAUAACCUCUUUACAAAAAGCAGAAGCCUUGCCAAACGAGCCCUUAGUUUCCAUAAGUUUCUCGUGGCUUAUUAGCACAAAACGUUUCUACAUUUGACCUUUAGUGUACAAAAUAUCCCUACGUUUCAAAUUUUUGCAUUUUCACUUUUAUUUUCAUGUUUUAUU